AUGCGCAUUUUAGCCCGCCUCCAUUCCACGGUAAGCCUGUUUCCUAAAAGACCUACCGUUACAGCGUGGUUGAACUAAUUUAUCUUUUUUGAUUGUUUUGUUUACAUUGGCAAAGAGUAUUUUAUUAAUAAGCAUCUCCAAACAUGAGUGGAGGAUAUGGCCGUGGACCACCUGCCAUAGAAGGAAUGGUGUCACUUAAAGUCGACAAUUUAACGUACAGAACAACGCCUGAUGAUCUGCGUCGUGCCUUUGAAAAGUUUGGCGACGUGGGAGAUAUUUACAUUCCAAGAGACAGGUUUACAAGAGAAAGCCGAGGUUUUGCAUUUGUAAGGUUUUACGAUAAACGGGAUGCAGAAGACGCGAUGGAUUCACUGGAUGGUACUACUCUAGAUGGCAGAGAAAUAAGAUGUCAGAUGGCCAGAUAUGGACGACCUACGGAACCACACAGACGAGGUCCUCAAAGAAGGGGCUACGGUGGAGGACAGAGGGGAAGGUCUAGAUCACGCUCUCCCAGAAGGCGAAGACGUUCACGUAGUAGGUCUGGAACUCGCUCUCGCAGUCGAUCUGCCAGUCGUUCCAGGAGCAGAAGUCGGGGAAAGCAAGCAGCUUCACACAGUCGAUCUCGUUCAUUUGAUCAGAAUGGUGCUGAUGCUUCAGACUGAUUUUUACAUGAGAUGUUACUGUACACCAGAUUUUAGCAGCUUCGUUAGACUUGAGACCCACCAUCCUAACAAAAGGUGCUUCUAAAAAAAAAAAAGCUGUUAAAAUACAUUGUCAUUGAACUGAAUUUUUUUUUUAAAGUGUAAAUACUGUUCGUUUCAUGUAACAUAUGAACUAUAAAUAUACAAAACAAAUGUGUAAUCAUGUCCAUCUCUUCAUUUCUGUGUAAGAGCUUCAUCAAUGUUGUCCGAAAAAAAAGUUUUUAGAUGUACUGUUAAUUAUUGAGAUAUAUUCUUCUUUUAAAAUUUUUUUUUUAUAUUUUUUAAACAAGUAAAAUUGACAGUUAUUUUUUUUUACAAACCUCAUUACACUCAUUUUUGAGUUUUGAAAAUAAAAAAAAAAAAGUGUAAAUAUUAAUCUUCUUUCUUUUUAUUUUCCUAUGAUUGUAGGAGCUGGUAAGGCGGGGUUAUUAGUUGCUGUGGCAGACAGUGGUGAUAUGGCGGUGCAGUUCAGAGAUUGCUGUAACUGUUGCUGCUGUGGUUGCCGAAUGUUGCUGUCGGGUGUAGCUGUUAAAAAGAUAGCAGCGGGGUGGAGUGAAGGGUGCCAGACUAUAAGCAUGCAGUAAUAAUUGUUGACCGGUACAGCAGGCAGCCUGCAGCUAUGUUGUUUAUGCAGUCCAGUUGCUGGUGUGAUUGGUUUGUUUUCUGUCCAGGCAUGAAGAAGUAAGCAGAGUUAUGAUUGCAGUCGGCACCUUAUAAAACUUGACUUUCCUGCCUUUGAUGUCAUUGUAAGAUGUCAAUUAGAAAACUUGUACAGAGAGAGGUUGUAGUGUUCAUCUCAUUAUUCAAUACCCCAUUUAUUUGGCAGUGGAAUUUUUUAUACCCCCGAUAGCCCUUUAAUAUUACCACAACAAAUUUUGUAACAAGUUGUCUUGUGUGUGCUGUAGUACUUUAUCUUUUUGACCUACUUUGUCUAGUAAAUUUAAAUACCACUUGAUUAACCGGUACCCAUAGUUUCAAUAAAAAAAUUUGUUAGGGUUUAUUAGGGUAAAUUAAUAUGUGGAAUUUGACUUCCGCAAAACUUGUCAUUUCCAGUUCACUGCAAUUUUUUAAACAAUUUUUGCUUGCACUAUUCAAUGUGGAAUAUUGUGUAAUAUAAACGGUUAUGCUUUCAGUUUUAUGGACAUUUUUCAAAUUAAUAUGCAGUAUCACCACUUACAGGUGUUUAUCCACUUACAGGUGUUUAUGUGAACCAGAGUUAAGUAACAGGUACCAGUACAUCAUAGAUUUAACAAUUCGCCACACAGAUGUUUUGUUUGUUUACUAAUUUGUUUUAAUCAUGGUAAAAUUCUUUUUUUAGUGGAUAUCGACCUUCAGGUUCUUUUUUUCUGUUAUAUAUAAUUAAAAUUUUCAAGAUAAUGUAUCAUACAAUUUUUUUUUUAAAUAGAAUUAUUGUCCAUAACAGUGCAAGUACCAGUCUACUGAACAAGAGUGCAUACCUAAUUUGAAGCAUUACACAUUAGUUGAGUUUUGCUAGCUUUUUUUUUUUUUUUAUUUCCAAAUGGACUCAAAACCGGUAAUGGUACCUGGUAUUUAAAAUUUGUCAUUAGCUCAUGGGCUGUAUUACAGUCAGACAGAACUGGUUUAUUUUGGAAUGCAGUUACUGAUUAGGGCUAAGAGGUAUGUGGAUAAAAUUCAAUAUUUUGGAGUACCGUAAUGGUACUGUCAUAGGUUUUGUGUGGUAUAUUUUUUGUUGAAUUAUAAAGAUAGAAAUUUAUUUUUUAAUAAAUUUUUAAAAAUGUAAAGCAUUAAAAAAAACUAUAAAUCUUUGAAUACAUUUUCUUUAAUUUUGACAUAUGGCUAACAUUUACUUCCUUCAUUUAUGACAAAUGCUGGUAGACACUGUCCACUUGCAGUCAUUAAGCCAUACAGUGCUUGUACAGAAUUUUGGUCUCUGUAAAGAUAUUAACAAAAUAAUUUUAGUUCUGUAAAACAAGCUGCUUAUGAGCUAAAAGAUAUAAUAAAAUUAAUAGUAAAUAUGAAAAAGGUAAUGAAUUACAGUUUAUUGGAUCUAAGAGCCUGUGACCAUUCUGUAAGCACUAGUUCAGUCAUUAAAAUUUGAACUUGAAGGUAGUUUUCUAUGAACUUGAGAUCAGUCCAUUGAUUGUCUACGUUUAAGUAACACUGAAGUGCAUAAUUUCUAGCUGUGGGUAAAAUAAAAAUGUUAUAAUACCAGUACCGGUAAUUGAAAAGAGUUUAGAGCUUGAUAUGCUACAAAGCCUAGAUUCUAAAUAACAUUUAUACGUAGGACACAAAAGUUAGUAAACUUGUAGGGCUGAGUUUCUAUAAUUUCCUCCACUUACUAUAUUUAAAUAUUUUACUGUUUAAUAUUUUCAGUCAGCCUUGACUACUUUAAAUUUUAAUGUUUUAUUAUACUUAGUUUUUGCACAAAAAAAAAAAAAGAAAGUAAAUUGGUAAAAAGUACUGGUAACACAUCAGAGACGAAAGGUCUGCUUUGUAUUACAACCCAUGAAUUAAAAAAAAAAAUGUACAUGGAAGACAUUGAAUCCAUAGUGAACCACAUAUCACCUGUCAUCACUAAUAUACUGGUACUGUUAAUCUUGGUUUACCUGUACCUAAAUGGUAAUGAAUUUUUAAAACAUGAUUCUACAAUUAACCAGUUUUGACAUUGUACCAACAAUUUCUUUCCACAUAAUGUUCAACAAGUGAUUGAAAAUUACUUUAACUGUUCUCAUUCAUUCUCUUAGCUAUCAAUACUAGAAAUUUAAUGUUAACAGCAAAACUUGUUAAGUGUACUUUCAUGGUUUUUGUUUUACCAAUACAUGUAUUUAGAACUUUGUGUUGUGAGUUUUAUAUUGUUAAGACAUUGAAUUUAUAUUAACUGAACUUCAGUGUUUAUGUUAACAAAGUUGUAGUUGAUAAUGAUUAUCAUUUACUUUUGUUAAUAAAUUGCUAAGUAUCUA